AUGUCCAACAGUGUCUUCGGAGAUCCUCCUCCAGGGACGGACUUGACAGCCAGCCGGCGUGGAGUGAACAAUGCAGCUGUUAGUGUCACAUACGUGCUGGCGGCCAUCGCCAUUGCCUUUCGAUUUCUCGCGAGAACGCGGGUGCAACAAGCUUCCAUUGCCGCGGAUGAUUGGAUGAUAGUUGCUGCUUUGGUACGUACUUGUGACCAUUUCUCACCCUCUUCAGGAGGCUACUAUGGCCUUGGAAAGCAUGUAUGGGCUAUACCCCUAGACGAUGUGAUCAAGGUGGUGCAGAUUCUGUUCGCAUAUGUCCUCAAAUACGUCGUUACCGUGCCCUUGAUCAAGCUCUCGGUCAUCCUCUUCUACCGUCGCAUUUUCGGAAUGAACAAGGCGAUGUGGCUCUGCGUCGCAUUGACCAUCGGAUAUUGGUUUUCUUGCACCGUCGCCUUCCUCGUCUGUUGCCGGCCUGUCUCAUACUAUUGGACGCAGUAUGCUGAUCCCGCUGGUGGCCGCUGCGUCUACAGUCUUUACCCAUUCUAUAUUGGAAAUGCCGCUGUGAACGUGACGACGGACGUGAUCAUUCUGCUGAAGGUUUUGGUCUGCAGCAUUUUCCUACUUGGCAGCUUUGUCUGCGUGGCGAGUCUCAUUCGAAUCUAUUACAUGACAUUUCUAAGCAGAUCCGUGGAUAUCACCUGGAUCAUGGGUAAUGUCUUCAUCUGGUCCAGUGUGGAGCCGUGCAUCGGGAUUGUCUGUGCCUGUCUGCCUACCUUGCAACCCCUGCUGCGCUACGCCAAUCAGCGGAUAUUCGGCUCGCGUGUGGGGAGAUAUCUAGGUAGCUCGGAGAAUGAACUAUCCAGUCAAAAUAAGAAUGCCCCCGUGAGGAGGCCCAGGGAUUGGGACGAAAGUCUGCUUGCAAUACAGACUGUUCGGGUUGAGAUGGACUCUAUGCGCAGGGACGACGAGAGUGAAGAAGGCAGAAUCAUGGUUGAGACCGACUUCCAAGUAAUCGAGGAGAGCAAAAGGGCGUUAUAA